UGUGUAAAUAGUUUUGGUAGUGUUUGUAGUGGCUCUUGCAUAAGCGUCUGCAUCGCAUCACCAUGGCGUUGGCGCUGCUACACCCUGUUUCUCCCAUUCCCAUGUUCUUUCUUCUUCUUCUUCACACUUUCCCUUCUGCUUCUGCUCAACCAGUCCACCACUACGCCUCACAAAUCCAACAAAUCAAUCUCAAAAUUGCUCACUUAGAAUCGGUUCUUGAAGAAAGCAAUAACAGAUUAAAGGAAAGGGAUGUGUACCUGGAAGAGUGCGAGAAGCGAAUGAAUGAAUUGUCGGAAAAAAUUCACCAUCUUCAAUCUACUCUCUCUACAAUUAAGGCUGAUUCAUUGCAUGCCGAGAAACAGUAUCAAGCUCUCGAGGAAGAGGUACAACUUCUUUGGGAUGCCAUGAGAAGGAACAACUUUGAUCUUCAUAUUUUGAAAUCUAAAGCACAAGAAACUGAGGAGAGACUGAAAGAGGUUACUUCAAACGUUGAAAAGAUGGGUGACAUUGUGAAUGAACAGUGGAUUCAAGUUCAGCAUCUUGAGCAGGCUCUUCACAUUACCAAAAUAAGGACCCUAAAGGCUCAAAGGCUGGCAAGCGUGACAAAAUGCACAUUCUUGAAGUUUAUCAACAUUCUUCUCGAUGAUCUUCGGGCACUUGAUUCAUACUUAUUUGGCAAAAGGACCGUAGUCAGUUCACUCAUCUCACAGGCUAUGGACCAGUUGAAGAGGUGGUCAUCAUUGACCAAAAAGUAUCACCAUCAGCUUCAAGGUUUCAUCAAGGAUCUGAUGGAGAGAAAUGAAUUGACUGCAUCUCUUGCAAAUGAUGAGUUAGUCUUCUUCCUGGCUUCUGCUCUAAUCACCUUUCCAUUAAUGAGUGCCUGGAUAUUGCUCUCUUCAUAAUUGCCAGGCAGGCAAGUAUUUUUUUUUUCUUUUUAAAUGAACAGGAAAUUGCCCUCCAUACUGCUUUCUACGGUGACAAUAACAAUCUUUUUCCAACACUAGUACUUCAAGAGUGAUUCAGUGAUGGUGGACUAAUGUAGUUUUUAUCCUGUAUUGUAGCAAGUAGCCGAGAAUACCUAGCAUUUUUUUUGUAACUUUUUUUUGUAUGUACAUAUCCAUCGGGAAAGAUCCUGAAUUACAUGCUGCUAAA